UUGCUCACGCUGUGUCUGUAUCCCUCUCUUCCUCCUCAUACACUCUCGUUUUUGUGUUUUCCAUUUCGUAUAAAUUUUUAUUUUGCCCUGUUGCUGGACAGACGUGCUGUACGAGGCUGCUGAUACUUCGCGAACUGCUUUAAAAAGGGUCUCGCAUAGCGCUCCGGCUGGAAAAAGCCAUUACGUGACGGGGCAGAGACGCCCGGGCUUGUGACUGGAGCGCUGUACACCCUACUUGUAAACCUUCAACUUUUGGAUUCACAUGCUGAAUUGUUUUGCGACGAAAUGAAAUCUGAUUAUUAACUUAGAUUGUAAUAUUCCUUAAGGUUAUAUCUUUUAUGCUGGAUAUUUCUCUCGGGACAGCACUUGACGAUGUUUUCAAAAUUUCUCACCACAUAUAAAGAAUGCUAUUAUCGGCUUUUUGAUUUCUACUUUGGAUCUCACAGACCAUAAGCAUGUAGACUAGAAGAAGCUGAGUUUUUUUUUCCUCUUGGCGCCGUGGAUAAAAGUGAACUGUUUAGCUAGGGUCGGACACAGUGAAGAAGACUGGUUUAUCGUCGCCGUGCUUUGGACAGACACGAAUCCGGGAUUUCUAUUUAGCUUCUGCACCAUUUGGAAAAUAUAACUAAAAAUAAAACAGUAAUUGGUUUUUGCAAUUAAGCACGCUUGCCUCUUUCGGAUGCUACUACUGGCUUAAAUUUCCUCUCGCCGCUUUAAUUCGCCCUAAAGCCGACGGACUCGGUGCGGAGUUGCUCUCGCCGUAAAGCUGUCCACAUGCCUGCAAAUGCUCGCCGCUUUAAAAAAAAACGUCCGGUUUGCCUCCACGAAGAAGCGCAGUGCAGUUUAAACGCAAAACGGGAGACUUGCAUCGUGAAGUGAUUAACUGAUCGAUAUAUCUUUUUUUUUGCCGUUCCUGCGUGUUUAUUAUAGACUAUCCGAUCUCGGCGGCUGCCGAUUCUUCGCACUUCGGUUUUUUUAUUCCGCAGAUCUGCGGGCUUCGCUUCGGGACAUUACUCGGUUGUCGAUCAUGCCCCUGGUGAAAGUUAGGCGCACCCCGGCGAAGGGGACCCAUCCGCUGCUUUAACAGCUGAGUACAGUAGAUGUGAGCCGUGUAACUCGAGGCGGGGUUAAAGUUCAGAUCUAUGGAGCGGCGGAGCGCUGCUUGCACUUCGCAGAGUUGGAAAUGUGAAAGCAAGAAGCAGGCUUGAUUUUUUUCCCUCUCUCCCUUCUCUCUCUCUCCUUUUUUUCUUUUCACACACGCACACAUACACACUUAACAUAUACACUUACACGCAUUCACCCACACACAUCACUUAACACAGGCUACAUAACACGAAAAAAAAAACAGCUAUAGACACAAUAACAAUACAAGCAGAACACAGGAGACAUGUACUCCCCGUUAUGUCUAACGCAGGAUGAGUUCCAUCCGUUCAUCGAGGCCCUCCUGCCGCAUGUGCGCGCCUUCGCCUACACCUGGUUCAACCUGCAGGCCCGCAAGAGGAAAUACUUCAAGAAGCACGAGAAGCGCAUGUCCAAGGACGAGGAGCGCGCGGUCAAGGACGAGCUCCUCAGUGAGAAGCCCGAGGUCAAGCAGAAGUGGGCGUCCCGGCUGCUGGCCAAGCUGCGCAAGGACAUCCGGCCCGAGUUCCGCGAGGAUUUCGUGCUGACCGUCACGGGCAAAAAGCCGCCGUGCUGCGUGCUCUCCAACCCCGACCAGAAGGGCAAGAUGCGUCGGAUCGACUGCCUGCGGCAGGCCGACAAGGUGUGGAGGCUGGACCUGGUCAUGGUGAUUUUGUUCAAAGGUAUUCCCCUCGAAAGUACUGAUGGAGAGCGCCUGGUUAAGUCGCCGCAGUGCUCGAACCCGGGGCUGUGCGUGCAGCCUCACCACAUAGGAGUUUCCGUAAAGGAGCUCGACCUGUACUUGGCCUACUUCGUACAUACUGAGUCGGGCCAGACCGAAAGUCCGAACCAAGCAAGCGAGGCUGACAUCAAGGACCAGCCGGAAAAUGGGCAUCUGGGCUUCCAGGACAGUUUCGUCACGCCGGGUGUCUUCAGCGUCACUGAGCUUGUGCGAGUCUCCCAGACCCCCAUCGCUGCAGGGACGGGACCCAACUUCUCCCUGGCUGACUUGGACAGCUCCUCCUACUACAGCAUGAGCCCGGGGGCCAUGCGCCGACCACUGCCGAGCACCUCGUCCAGCAGCUCGGCAAAGCGAAUCAAGUGCAUGGAAGACGAGGUGGACAGUCCUGGGGAGGAGUCCUACUACCCUGGGCAGGGUCGCUCCCCCGGCAGCGGCAGCCAGGCCAGCAGCUGGCACGACGUGGAGCCAGCUGGAUAUAAGCUACGCGGCUCGCUAGCUAAUACGUUCAUCUCAAGACAAGGGAUGCCAUCGCCUACCACAUUAAAGAAGUCAGAGAAGUCUGGUUUCAGCAGCCCUGUGCCUUCGCAGACCACCUCCCCCCGAACGGCAUUCACACACCAUCAUCGGCCUGUCAUUACAGGACCCAGAGCGAGUCCACACACCACGCCCUCCAGCCUGCAUUUUCCCACGUCGCCCAUCAUCCAACAGCCGGGUUCCUACUUCUCGCACCCAGCCAUCCGCUACCACCCCCAGGAGACCCUCAAGGAGUUUGUCCAGCUUGUCUGCCCUGACAGUGGUCAGCAGGCCGGACAGGUGGGCUUCCUUAAUCCCAACGGGAGCAGCCAGGGAAAGGUGCACAACCCCUUCCUGCCCACGCCCAUGCUGCCCCCCCCACCCCCCCCACCCAUGGCGCGACCUGUGCCCCUGCCCGUGCCAGACUCCAAACCUCCCUCCACCUCCACCGAGGGGGGGGGCAACUCCCCCACCUCACCAACCUACUCCACGCCCAGCACGUCUCCAGCCCAGCGAUUUGUCAGCGUUGGCCCCCGGGACCCCGGCUUUGUAAAUAUCCCUCAGCAGCCUCAGGGCAACAAGAAAAGCAGCACUCCCCCCCAUCCAGGCUGCACAAAUAAAGCCCAAAGUGACCCCCCAGCGUGGUACCUGGGCUAAGGACUCCACAGUCUCACUGCCCGCUCAACUCCCGCUGUCUCCCCUGAGUGCGGCCCGCAAACCUGUACACCCGUCUGACAGAGAGGAGCGACCCCCCACCCCACCCCCGAGAUACACCUGCUCCUAAGAGACGCAUGGCUACAGCAGAACCCCGGCCCCUCCCUGAACCAUGAGGAAUAUUCACCCCGGCACAUGCAUAUGCCACGUAUAUCUAUGAAACCCAUAUAUAUUUAUUUAUAUGUAUGGUUUAUAUAUCUAUAUCUAUAUAUGGGUGCAGUCAGUCUCUGCUGGAAUUGCUUGUUGGAGCAUCAUGGAGGAGUGAUUCAUUUCUUUUGGGAAAGCGCACGAUAUGUUCCUGUCACCCGAGGCCAGAGGGGCAAAAUGGACGGAACUCGAUCCAACAGCCUCUCUCAUCCUUUUGCUGUAGCUGGUCCUGAAGGCCUCUGGGCGUCUACAGACUGGUGUGUAUAUAUAGCGUAUGGUCCGUGAUCUCAGAAUAGUUUGGAAGGUUUUUUUCUUGUUUUUUUUUUUGUUUUGUUUUUUGUUUUUUCAUGGAUCUGAGUGAAGUAGUUUGUGUUUGUCUGGUCCAGUGGUUUCGUCUAGUCUGACACCGGCUAGAACCUUCUCCAAUUGGAUACCGCCGUCUCUCACCGGCGCUGGCCGUGGGAAGUGGACCCCCACCCCCCCAAGAGGUGGGCCCUUGCAUCAGGGCUUUUCAGGGACAUGCCAUACUGCGAAUGGAAAGCAAGCGAAAACAAAUCCAUUUAUCCUCUCCGCUUCAUGGGCAUGGGGGGUGUCGGGCCGGCGGCGUGGCAUGGCGGCAGGGGAAGGCGGUCCUGAUGUUUCGAUGACGGUCAGUUGGCAGAAGAUCAAGAACUCAGAGGCUUAAAAAAACGUCAAGUGUUUUACCAAGGUGUGUUCAGAUAACUAGUCCAGUCCUGUCCCCUGAGCAGGAUGCAUUUUGGCGAUUUUAAAGACCCCCUCCAGUGCAAUGCGAGGCACAGAGGUGGCCUGUACUUCCGCAAACACUGACAAUAAUGACUUAAGGCAAACAAUGGAAUAUUGAAUUGAGGAAAGUGCAAUUUCAUUUGGUAGCUGUUGGAUAGUUAAAUAUCUUCGUAAGAUAGACAUUAAUGGGAUGAUUGUUGAAAAGUAUAUAUAUAUAUAUAUAUAAAAAUAUAUAUAUAUAUACAUAUAUAUAUUUCUUCCUAGUCCGAUUACACCUCCAGGACUCUAAAAUAUUGGGGUAAAAAAGAAAAAAAAAUUAUAGCCUUGUGAGAAAUGAGGGGAGUUGUAUUUGAUUUUAUGUAGAUUUUUUUAAUUGUUUAUUCAUCUUGUAAAUUUAUUUAGUAUUUUGCUACAAAUAUCCCUUUAAAAUCACUAAACAAUCAUUUUUUAAGACGUUCUCACCGCUUUUAAGCUAGAUCAUGUAAAGUUCUUUUUUUAAAAAAAAGACUAUAAGCAACCAGCUUAUUUUAACGAAGCACAUGAUUUUGAAAAAAAACAAUGUUAGCUGUAUUAAUUUCCUGUGAGACAGAAUCCAGAAGGAACGGCGCGAAGGGGUCGGGCUCACCCCACAUCCGUCCUAACCCACCAACUCUUCUGUCGUGAAGGUGGUACCUGGCUGCGGCCCGGGUUUGGCGGGAGCGCUGAUUAGAGAGCGGUCUGCCUCCGGCCCUCUCCAGAACCAUGCACUUAUCCCUGAGGUGGGCUGUGAGUCAGUAGCGUGUGAUGGAGAAGAAAAAAUUAAAUAAAUACAAAUAGGACUCUAAGAGAGGGAGAAAAAAGUGGGCAAAGGACCUCCUUUGGAAUAUGAGGAGAAUCUCGUGUUGGGCGGUCAGGCAGCGAAGCCUCUCUGUUGUUUCACAUGCAACUUGCUACCUUUUUUUGUUUGUUCAUCGUUUCCUAUCUAUACAUAUAUUUACAAUCGUAUGACUGACUCGUCCUCCGUCGAUCAAGACUGAGUAAAAAUAUUUUAAAAAACUAAAAAAAAAUCUGCAUGUUCUAGUGUUAGUGACAAAUUUUUACAUAGAUUAUGUAGACUUAAAGUAGUGUGAACAAACACAAUAUUGUUACCCCAAAACCAGGCACUUGCCAAUAGCCCUACACUUGUUUCAUCCUGACAAAGGGUUUUUUUUUACUAUCCUUCACAAUCAACCAGCUAAACGUUUCCUCAGAUUUGCCUCCCAUUUCCCUGAUGUUUCCUGUCUUUUGUUCCAUUUGAAACUAUCAGAAUUUUGUUUGUUUAAAGAAUAUAUAUAUCCCUUUUACGUUCUCAAAUUGCACGAAACAAUUGUUCCUCAUCAAGGUGCCUUGAGCGGUGGUCUAGUCCUGAGUUGUUGCACAAGUUGUGGAGAGUUUUUCUUUUUCUUUAGUGCUGAUCCCCCCCCCCCAACCCUAACCCAUUACUGUGUAGGAAACCACAGAGAAUUUAGUCGUUGGAUUCUGUUGCUAAUAGGAUAUUGUAGUAGUAACUGCGUUAAUGAUUAUAGCGGAAAACAGCAUCACAUUCAGCCAUUUUUUUUAACGAAACACAUCUCAGGCCUGAGUAAUGAUGACAGUGUGUUACUUAUUCUGAUGCAAUCACCCCCACCUGUGAUGUGUACGAGCGAGGUCCCCCCCCCCNCCACACACACACACAUACAUACACACCACAGCUCCGUGGGGCCCUGCUGCUGUUGAGCUAGGUCAGCUUCCAUCUACAAGACAUGCCCCCCCUCCAGUGUACACUGAAUGGGUGUAUGAUCUUAGGUCCUUCAUGUGCUGUAGAUAGUCCAGGCCCCUCGUGCCCUGAUUUCCAUUCACGUCGGCGCUGGUUUAAUGAUCUUUAUGGAUGUUGCUGCAAUUUUUAAAUGGAAAUGUCUUUUUUUAUCGUCUUCCUGUUUUUUGUUCCCAGAAAUGAGUAACGAGAAAAAAUAAUAUGCAAUACCUGCUUGCACUCAUGUAGACACUAAUUUUGUUUUUUUGUUUUUUUAGUUAUUAUUAUUGUUUUUUAUCUAGUGCUGAACUCUGUCAGUCUGCAAGAAUACCUGACUACAGGAUAACUGUCAGUAUAUAAAGCCCAGUCAGCCUAGUUUGAGUGUUUCCUUUUUCGUAAUCUUUACAAUUGAACUAACAGUAGGUAUUUUCUCUCUUUUUUCACAAGCAAGCCUUAAACGAAACUUAAACGUCAUUUUUUUUUUCACAAACCCACAUUGAUAUUAUUUUUAAAUGUGACAGUUUAUUUCAUUCAGGAGAAGCGAGUUUAAAAAGUCCAUUUUUAUAUAUACAUUUUGACAACUUCGAAGUUAUAGAGAUUGUUUACUUACGUGUUGCGAAUAUCAUUAAGAAGCAUUUAGAGUACGGGGAUCGUUCUCCUAGCUGUCUGCCAUGGUUUAGUAGUUAACCUUGUGCAGGAUUUGUGUUUUUUUAGCGUGACAGUAGUGUAUGUUUUUGUUACUGUCCUCGCCUACCCUUUAGCAUUGAGUUGGGCAUUACAUUCUUAAUUAUGUGCACUAAAUAUAAAUAAAUAGCGAGAACAUUAAGAAGAAAUGCGGCUUCUGGAGCUUAUGAGCGAAGGGAAAAAUUAAUUGCACGGACAUUUUUGUCAAGAAAAAAUAUUUUGAGCAGCAUAGCGUCUAAUCAGUGACAUUUGGCUGUGUGUGUAAGAUACGACGAAAUUGCACCCUUUAUAAAGAAAAGAAAAAAAACGAAAAACAGGAAUAUCAAAGCAAUAGUUUGGGCAGUCUGUUUUCGUUGUGUGCGUAACUUAGUUAUGAUGCCAGAAAUGGAAAUCAAACAACGGACAGCAGGACCCCCAGGCAGGCAGGGCGGGGGUGUCCGACGGCGUGGGAGAUUUGUCAUUUGUAUGUUGUAUAGUUUUAUUAAUUACACUGAUUUUAAAGCUGCCCUAUUUUAUAAUGCAGGACUUUUGUAACAUUGAUUAAAUGAGGAAAAAUAGUGUUAUGAAAUUUAUGAUUGUUUGUAUCAAGGCCACAUUAAUAGAAUCGGUUUUGUUUGUUCUUUGGGAACUGGAUUUAAGUUGAAAACUUUCCUGUUUCCUUUAUAUUUCUUUUUUUUUCCUUUUUGUAUGUAUUUAAGGACUUUUUCUUUCAGCUUUCAGUGAUAUAGAAUAAUCCUAUAUUUGAAAAGUAUAGGAUGUUGAGGUGAAAAUACCUAUUGUAAAUUGAUGUUGCAAGUAUGCUGUAUGUUUUGAAGGUUAUUUGUUGCAUCAGUAUUGAAGCUAAAUCUAGGUAAUUCAAUGGCAAGAGAUGAGAGUGUUUUAUAUGCAUUUUAAAAAAUUAGUUUAGGCAAAAGACAAUGACAUAGGCAGCCAAAGGAUGCCCCCUAUUAUAAAUACAUCUUGGCAUCUUUUUUGUGUUCACCAUUCCAUGCAGGAAAAUAAACAUCUGGAUAUGCAACAUG